AAAAGUGUGAUCUCCAGCCGGUUUCUCCAGCGAUGUCGCCACCGCCAGGAGCCUAGCCUCGUCGCCUCCAUCUCGCCUCGAUGCAACCCUCCGUCCGCCGUAUCUUUCCGUCGCCAGCGUUGCCUGAAGGAGAAGGGAAGCAGCGACUUCGCCGGCAACCAGCUUUGCCGCCGCCAUCCCUCUCACCGGUCAGGGGAGAACGAUAAAUCGGAGACUAAAGCCGGCGAAUAAAUCCGGUGUUUCUCCGUCAAACAUAAGCAGUAUGGCAGUAGAGAAAUUUGAUAUAAUUUUGAGGGUUUUGGAUUUUGGACGCAAUGGUGGAAUCAGCUUCAGGCUCCAAUGUGGUGGAGGAAACUUCUCCGGACUUGUUGAAGAACACGCCGUCGAAUAUAAGGAGGUUGGCAGAUGAGAUUGAGCAGUGUGAGGGUAGGCAGAAGUACCUUGCUCAUACAGUAAGUCCAUCUGAUGGAGGUGACGUCCGGUGGUACUUCUGCAAGGUUCCUCUGGCAUUGAAUGAACCUGCUGCUGCAGUUCCUCACACAGAAAUAGUGGGGCAUGGUGAUUAUUUCAGAUUUGGCAUGAGGGAUUCUCUAGCUAUUGAAGCUUUAUUCUUGCAGAGAGAAGAAGAGUUGCUUUCUUUAUGGUGGAAGGAGUUUGCAGAGUGUAGUGAAGGGCCAAGUGAAUUGCCAAGUAAAUUAAAUUCAAUGUCAAUAGAAUCUUCUCCAGUGAACUCUGAGUCGGCUGAAGAGGAUGCAGUAGAAGAGAGAGUUGGUGUCCCUGUAAAGGGUGGUUUGUAUGAGGUAUAUUUGGCAAAGAGGCACUGUUUUCCUGUUUAUUGGAAUGGAGAAAAUCGGCGUGUCUUGAGAGGUCAUUGGUUUGCUUGUAAAGGAGGCCUUGAUUGGCUUCCACUCCGGGAAGAUGUUGCUGAACAGUUGGAGUAUGCGUAUCGCUGUAAGGUUUGGCGCCGCCGAAGCUUUCAACCGUCUGGACUCUAUGCAGCUCGAGUUGAUCUUCAAGGCUCCACUCUAGGACUACAUGCUCUCUUCACAGGAGAAGAUGAUACGUGGGAAGCCUGGCUGAGUGUUGAUGCCUCUGGUUUCUCUGGUGUUCUUCGAUUCGGAGGGAAUGGUGUUAAGUUAAGACGUGGAUAUGCCUCGUCACAAUCGCCAAAACCAACACAAGAUGAGUUACGUCAAAAGAAGGAGGAGGAAAUGGAUGAUUAUUGUUCACAGGUUCCAGUUCGGCACCUAGUAUUCAUGGUCCAUGGGAUUGGUCAAAGGUUGGAGAAAUCUAAUCUUGUGGAUGAUGUUGGAGAUUUUCGUCAUGUCACAGCAAGUCUUGCUGAACGGCACUUAAGUCCAUACCAACUUGGCACACAAAGGGUACUCUUCAUUCCAUGCCAGUGGAGAAAAGGCUUAAAACUUGGUGGUGAGGCUGCAGUGGACAAAAUCACCUUAGAUGGUGUCCGUGGGUUCCGAACAAUGUUGAGUGCAACAGUACAUGAUGUGUUAUACUACAUGAGCCCCAUAUACUGCCAGGCUAUCAUUGACUCGGUUUCCAAUCAAUUAAACAGAUUAUAUUUAAAGUUCCUCAAAAGAAAUCCUGGCUACAAUGGAAAGGUUUCUAUAUAUGGCCAUUCACUUGGGAGUGUUCUAUCUUAUGAUAUUCUAUGCCACCAAGAGAUAUUGUCCUCUCCAUUUCCAAUGGAGUGGAUGUACACGGGAGCAAAUGAGAAGAAAGUGUCUUUCCCUGACAAGAGUGAAGUAUCUUUGGACCAGAAUGUUACCGCUAUUGUGGAUGACGAAAGCCUUGUUAGUGACAGAAGCAAGAACACUGUGAAUUUGCUAGGAAAUGACAUCAUGGAGGUAGAUCAAAGCUGCUCAGGCCUCGUGGAAGAAUGUACUGAAUUCUUAUGUCAUCCAGUCAGUCCCCCUGCAUUGUCAGACUCAGAUGAAGCUGCUGUAAACAGUGUUGAUAUCAAGCAACAUGAUGAUAGGAAUGAUUUGGGCCCUAGUGAACAGGAUAUGACAAAAAUUGAAGAACUGGAAAGUGAUAAAGACAAAAUGAUUAGAUCAUUGAGAGAAGAGAUUGAUUUGCUAACAGCCAAAAUCAGAGCAUUAGAUUGUUGGAGCGGACCCGAAGGGAAAAAGGGGCAAGAAACAAAUACAAUAAACCAAUCUGAAACGGAGUUUCCCAAGGAAAGUGAUUCACAUAAGAAUUAUACCCCUUGCAUAAAAUACACAAAAUUGGCAUUCAAGGUUGAUACAUUUUUUGCUGUUGGUUCUCCUCUUGGAGUUUUUCUUUCCCUUCGCAAUGUUCGCAUUGGAAUUGGCAAAGGGCAAGAGUAUUGGGAAGAGGAAAAGAUUAAUGAAGAGAUGCCAGCUUGUAGACAAAUGUUCAACAUAUUUCACCCGUUUGAUCCAGUGGCAUAUAGAAUAGAACCACUUGUCUGUAAAGAAUAUGUUAACAAACGACCAAUCAUUAUUCCUUACCACCGAGGUGGAAAGAGACUGCACAUUGGUUUUCAGGAAUUCACUGAAGGAGUAGCUUCACAUUCACAUGCUUUUGUGAACCAUAUACACUCUGCAAGGGUUAAGGUGCUUACAUUCUGCGAAUCAAGAAACAAUAACAAUGAGGAAGAAGGAACUCAUGAAGCUCAAGUGAGAGAUGAUAGGUCAUAUGGUUCAAUAAUGAUGGAGAAAUUAACUGGAAGUGAAGAUGGUCGAAUUGAUCAUGUUUUGCAAGAUAAAACAUUUCGCCAUCCAUAUAUUUCUGCCAUUGGAGCGCAUACAAACUACUGGAGAGAUCCUGACACUGCACUUUUCAUCUUGCAUCACUUGUACCGGGACAUUCCAGAAGAUACCCAUUCACCAGGUGGAUCUCUAGAUGGAAACUCAAAACACGAGAGCGAUGAAGGUUACUGGUAUGGUCCAAAUGAAGAGGCGGAUGAAGAAACUCCCUUAACUUUUGCUGACAGUGUCUUCUUGAAGAAAUUUUCUCGUAGAGCAAGGAGAAUUUUGAAACACCAAGUGCAUUGAUCUCAUCCUGGUAAUUACCUUGGAUUUUAAACAGUUGUUUGCAAAUAAGCCCCCAAGUUCUCUCUCUCCCGAGAAAAUAAGGUUCUAAGAUGUCGGCCAUGCAAAUCUUAAGACUUCCCCCCGACAAAAAUUAUGAAGCACGAUUAGUAUGUGAGAUUAUGAAUGGGAUUCCAGAUCUGACUAUGUGGUGUUGGUUAUGCUAUGCGGCUCUUGUCUCUCCCUCUCUCUAUAUAUGUGCGUUGUGUGUAUAUAGCAUAGCUAAAUGUCUUCUAUUGCGUUAGGAGUUGAUACAUAGUGUGCCAAGAAUCUGUAUAUAUUGCAAGUAGUGCACAGAGAAUAGGUUUUAGCAAUUAGAAAGAUUCAAGGAGUUAUUGCCUUUUUUUGUUUUUUGUUUUCCACUCUUCCUUUUGCGUUUGCCUGUAAUAAUAUACAUUAAUUAAUUUUCAGUCAAACUCUUAGUUGAGCUUUAAUAAAUAUAAUGUUUGUAUUUA